AUUUCCAGCCCUAACAAAGAAGCCGGCUGAAAAAACCAAAGUACAAAGAGAUAAAUCAAUAUUAAUAUAAGUAAUGGCCAAUCAAAAUUUAAAAACUGAGUCAAUGGACAAAAUUGAUCUGACUCACUGUCUUUUGGCAGACCUGGCCAGUCUUUGCCUCAGUGAAUCCUACGCGGAUGUGGAAUUUGUCGUCGAAGGGCAGAAAUUGCCGGCGCAUCGCGUUGUUCUGGCAGUACGCAGUGAAUAUUUCCGGGCCUUGCUUUAUGGAGGAAUGUCGGAGUCGACACAACGUCAAAUACAAUUGGAUGUGCGUCUAGAUCUCUUCAAGCUGCUAAUGGAGUAUAUAUAUACGGGUAAUUUGUCGAUCGCCACACUGAAGGAGGAUGUUCUUAUCGAAGUACUGGGCAUAGCAGAUCAAUACGGAUUCCAGGAUCUGUUGUCGGCCAUUUCCAAAUACUUAUCGCAAUCCCUGACAAUGGAAAAUGUUACCGUACUUUUGAAUGCAGCCCGUUUAACUAACGUAGAGGACUUGACCCAAGCUUGUCUCUCAUUUAUGGAUAGCAUUGCAUCGAAUCUUUUACAACAUGACUCAUUGAAAUUACUCUCGAUGGAAUCUUUGGAGAUGGUUCUGCUGAGAGACACCUUCUAUGCCCCAGAGAGGGAAAUAUUCCAGGGCGUCUUAAAGUGGAUCCGAUGUAAUCAAGCUGUAAAUACUGAAUCGCUUUGGGAGGCAGUUCGUCUUUCGUUAAUGGGGAUCGACGAUUUGAUGGAACUGGUGCGCCCCAUGGGAAUUGUGGAUUGCAAUAAAAUAAAUGAUGCCAUCGCACAAAUUAAUUCAAGAAACUUGCCAUAUCGAUCGCACCUGAUAUUCGAUAAGAAUGUGGCAACGGCUGAAUACUCUGCACAAUGCAUUGCAGGUUGGAACUCGUUUAACUUGCUCAAUGGAGAUGUAACCAGCUAUGAGUGGACCACGGGCUUUACGGCUCAUACCAUAGGAAGUAAUGAUGACGGGAUUUUAGUUGAACUAGGCGACAUAUAUAACAUCAAUCACAUACGUCUAUUGCUGUGGGAUAGGGACCAUAGGAUAUACUCCUAUUUCAUCGAGAUCUCUGCCGAUAAAGUGAAUUGGAAACGUGUCAUUGACUACAGCGAAUACCAUUGUGGGUCUUGGCAGUUUUUAUAUUUUGAGGCUUGUCCCGUUCGCUUUAUACGAACAGUAGGAACAUAUAAUAAUAACCAUACGGAUUUGCAUCUGGUCAGUUUGGAGGCCAUGCAUGCAAGGGAUGUACCAAAGCUUAUUAACCAUGUUGUGGCACCCGUUAAUAAUGUGGCAACCGUUUCAAUGCAUGCCCAUGUCAGAAUAGAAAGUUACAGGAAUUAUAGCAAUUUUGUUAGUGAUUUUAAUGUUCUCAUAAAUGGAAAUUGUGUGGAUUACGAUGAAAGUUCAGGAUAUAUUUCUAACCAAGUGGGUCCCCGCCAAGUGGGAAUUAUAGUCCGUUUAAGGCAACCCUAUCAUGUGGGAUCCAUUCGUUUACUAUUGUGGGAUCGUGAUAAUCGGCAUUACAGCUUCUAUAUUGAGACCUCGACGAAUUAUGUAGACUGGAUGAUGGCAGUGGACAAACGAAAUAAGGAAGUGCGAUCCUGGCAAAAUUUUUACUUCACUCCCCGUCCUGUGGUCUACAUUCGUUUAGUGGGCACACGGAGUAGGGCAAAUGAUGAGAUUCGCUUAGUGCAUUUGGAGUGCCCCAGUCAGGAAUCUGUCGUUUCUACUUUACAAUAAAAGCAUAAACUUUUUGACUUUCAAAUGAUAAAGUGACCAAUUGUUUCCGAACAUUAAUUUUAAAUUAAGUUUGGUGUUUCAAGAAUUAUAAUUUUAAGAUUAACCUAAUAAACCUAACAAUUUGUAACUUUAA